AUGGCUGCACAGGAGUAUGCUAUGUAUCCUGACCAAGUAAGAGAAAAACUGGCCGGAAAGAGCAUACUGAUAAUUGGUGCAAGUAAAUGUGGUCACAGACAUGUGUGGGACAUCUUCUCAAAUUUAAAAAUCCAGAUCACCAUAGUGUCACACGAAACAACAAAUUGUGGGGCAAGCACAGUGGAUAAAUUUAUCUGCUAUGAUUAUGUCACAGACCGGUUAGAUAUCGAGAAACACGCAAGUAACAUCGUCCAACUUCUUGGCGAUCGAGUUGGUGAUAUUGACGGAUGUUUUACCUUCACGGAACCGGAUACACCAAUGACAGCUGCCAUAUGUCAGAAACUUGGACUCAGAGGAUUUCAUCCCCACGCAGCCGUGACAGUUAGGAGCAAGCAAAACACCUACGAAGCCCUUAGAUCAGAAACAAGUACCAACAUAUAUCAGACGUCAAAGUAUUCGCCUAUUUCCUACCGCAUUCAAAAGGAGGAGGAUAUCAAAGAGGCCAAGCAGAUAAAAUACCCUGCCAUUCUUAAGCCUGAGAAUGACGCUAGUUCCUGGGGAGUUGUGGAGGUGAUAUCCGAGGAAGACUGUAUGCAGCAGUAUAACAGAAUCCAGAACAGCUUUGGAACAUCAAACUAUGGUGGAUCGUUUGGAAAGUCAAUGGUUUUAAUGGAAUUCUUGGAAGGCCUUUCCUACAAUGUUGACCUGGUGAUAUAUGGAGGAGAGCUCAUGGCCGCUUUUAUUACUGACAUCGGUCUCUACGUCCCUGACAUGUUUAAUGAUACCACUACCUGCCAACCUACCAACUUGUCUGAGGAACUCAGAGAUCAGCUAAUUACCGCUGCCCAUCAAUGCUGUUGUAAAGUCGGGUUACUCAAUGGAGUUUUCAACACAGAGUUUAAGAUGACAAAAUGCGGGUUUAAAGUCAUUGAAAUCAAUGGAAGAACAGGCUGUUAUCGUAGAUGUAUCGUCUACAAGAAUACACAUGGCGUUCUCCUUUGGGAGAUCGCAGCCGCCAUUGCUUGUGGAAUCAAGCCUUAUUUUCCAGAAGUACCUGCUAGAUGUUUUGCUGUCGGGGCCUACCUUUUUAUUAAAUUCCACGGGGAGCAAUUUCUCAAGGAAAGUGUCAAUUUUAAGUUAAGGUCAUUGGCUGAAGCAAACGACAUACUUCUGGACAUGAGAACCGAAACUGUAGACCUUGGCUGUCUGGAAGAAUUCCCAAUACCAUUCUGUCAUAUAGUAGCUCUCAACAAGACGAGUAUAAAGCAAGCGAGACAAACACUCGUGCAGAUUUGUCAGGACCUCGGAUUUUCUAGAGCCGAUUAUGACAUUGAGCGAUUCACAAGUGUAUGGGCAUAG